AGCUCUUUGGUUACAUAGACCAGGACCUUCAAACCAUUAGAGCCCUAAAGGAAACAAUAACCAAGUUAGAACUGGUUAUAAACUACGAUUUUGCCCGAGGAGUUGAUGGAAAAUAUUUUGUGUCCAACAAGGAAAGAGGCUCUUUCUUCCAAGCUGUUGAGUUCUGCUCCCAGCGAGGAUUAGAGCUGGCUUUGCCCCAGAGUGAUAAAGAGAAUAGCUUACUCACUGAAGUGUUUGAAAACAGUCCUAAAACAGUCUGGAUUAAUGUCAGCAAUAGAAGAGCAGAGGGAAACUUUGGAGCUGAUAUGAAAAACCGACCUCUGACCUUUACCAGCUGGGCAGAAGGGCAGCCAGACAAAUCCAUCCAGGAUCCAGGCUGCACCACGCUGUCAGAAGAUUGUGUUUGGAGAGUGACAAGUGAAUGCUCUAUGAAUGCUUACAUUGUUUGUCAGUUAUAGAAAUGCCUUAGAUGACAUGAAGUAAAGUAUAACUCUUUGGAUUCUGGUG